AUUUUCUGUGACUGUUGGUUGUUGGUUUAUUUACCAAGUAUUACAAGUAAUUAGUAUUUUUCCUUGUGCAGUUUGACCAGCGAAUUUCUAUAUAUAGAUCAUAAGUUUAUUUGAUUUGCUCACUAAACAGUUCACUUAUCGUGUUACGAAGUAAAAUGGAAGGAUUUAUCGAAGUCAAUGAAAUAUCUGACUUUGUGUCAUAUAUCCGUAGUAUUGAGUGGCAAGACCCCUGGCUAAUAGCUUUGAUCUCCUUCCAUAUUAUUGUAACCAUUACCUGCUUUUCAACAAGAAAUUAUGGAAAUUUCCAAGUUAUUCUCUUCAUAACUUUGUUGCUACUAGUUUACUUCUCGGCAAACAUCAAUGAAAUUGCUGCUAGAAAUUGGAAUCUUUUCUCUAGACAGCAAUAUUUUGAUAGCAAAGGUCUCUUCAUAUCAGUUGUUUUUAGCAUACCAAUACUGCUAAACUGCAUGAUAAUGGUGGGCUCAUGGCUCUACCAAUCCACCCAGCUGAUGGCAAACCUGAAGAAGGCGCAGCUCAGACAGCGCCUAAAAGAGCUCCACAUGAACAACGAACAGCGCCACAUCAAAUCCGACUAAACGCAGGUUACUUAACGCAAUAGUCUGGCUAAUUUUAAGUGUUGCAGUUGUGUUGUAAAUAUUUUGUACAGAGUACAAAUUCGUUCACGGUUCGCGCCUUAUAUCGUGUGUAUAGUAUUUUUUGCAGGUGCAAUAAUUAAUCUUAUCAAUCUUACCAUUUGACUUGUAUUAAUGAUCUUGACCUUAAUAAGCAAAAAUGCUCGACAUUUAAAAAUUGGCCUAGGAAUACUUUUGUUCGCCUGAUAACUGUUAAAAAUGUCCCGAAUUAGAGAUACAAUUAUUAUGACAAGUGUGUUAAGUUUAGACUCUGUUUUUAAAACAUUGCUGUAGGUAGUUUUACUAUAGCAAAGUCUCAUGCUACGUUUCUACGCUUGCCGAGGCUUGGCAAGCGU